AUGGAGAGGGAAUCACUUCUACAAAUCUUCCAACCUCACGACUUCGUAAAUCAGAAUUUCCUUGAUCUAUACCAUUUGUACGACAACCUAUCGUGCACACCAUUCCAGGCUGGCAUAGGUAUUCACUGCGAAGAUCCUGACCAGUACCUCAUGGAUGCUUGGCACGUUAUUACGCCAGAUACGAUGAGGCGCCACCUUGACUGGAAGAACAGACGUCGUACCCAAUUCAUCUCUCUUUACGGCAACGAAGCAACUGCCAUACGGGAACGGCAAAGGCGGUGCAGCCAGCUAUGGGUUCCCGGGGUAGGACAACGUGAACUCACCUCCAUCCGCAUCGCGCACAUACGAUUACCGAGCAAUACUAAGGUCUGGGCUUUCUCCCGGGUGGAAAUGCUUCACAUGAUGGGCACCUUUGGCAGCGAAGUACGAUCGGAGUUGUUUACAGUGUUAGGAGUGGAUGAGUGGUUUGUGUGGGGCGCGAUUUCUGCAAAUCUCAUCGUAAACCGACAUCAGUUAUGA